AUGGCAACAAAAAGCACACAACAGAGCGGUCCAUUAUCCUCAACUUUGAAGAUGAGUGAACAAGAACAACAUCCAUCCAACCACCAACCUCCUGCAUUCGGUACUCUUGAAAUGAAAAAACAAUUCUAUACCGAUUUAAAUUAUACCAAUCUGAAUCAUGGAUCCUUUGGAAGCACUCCAAAGCAAGUAUUGCAAGCUAAUUUUAAUUAUCAAGUUGAAAUGGAAACAUCCAUUGAUGAAUGGUUCAGAAUUAAAGUCAUUCCAAAAUACAAUCAAUCUCGUCAAAUUCUCUCUAAAAUGAUUGGAUCUCAACAUGAAGAUGAUGUUGUACUCGUUGAGAAUGCAAGUACUGCCAUUAAUUCCAUUUUUAGAUCCUAUCCAUUUCUCAAUGAAAUGAAACAACAUAUGGAGAAGAGUCAAAAUGUAGAUCAUACGAUCACUCUUAAAAAACCCAUAACCAUUCUCUAUUUCAAUACUGCCUAUGGAAUGGUUAAAAAAACUUUGGAAUUUAUUCAUGAUUUUUAUGGACAAGUUCAAUUAUUAGAAUUGAAUUUUACACUUUCUGAUAUUCAAAGUGAAGAGAAUAUUUUAAACAAAGUGCAAUCCUUCACACUCUCUCAUUUGAAUACUCAUGAUAUUAAGAUUGCUGUCAUGUGUCAUAUUGUAUCAACACCAGCGAUUACAUUACCAGUAAGGGAAUUAGUGAAAUUAUUUAAAAAACAUUCCAUUUCAACAAUUAUUGAUGGUGCUCAUACUAUUGGUAAUAUUCCAUUCAAUGUUUCUGAAAUUGAUUCUGAUUAUUAUUUGACCAAUACUCACAAGUGGUUAUUUACACCCAAGACUGGUUGCCUCUUAUGGAAAAAUCCAAAAGCCUCAUUCCAAAUCCAUCCAACCGUCAUUAGUUUCCAUUAUACCAAUACUCCACAAUCGAGUUAUCAAAAAGAAUUCUCUUAUACUGGUACAAGAGAUUAUUCAUCAUAUUUAUCAAUCAAAGAUGCUAUUGAAUAUAGACAAUGGUUAGGAGGUGAAGAAAAGAUUCAACAUUACAAUUCUCAAUUAGCCAUUCAAAUUGGUGAAUUGUAUUCCAAAUUAUUUGGAACUCAAGUCAUUACUAAUGAUAAGAGAUUAUGGGGUGGUUCAAUGGUGAAUAUUAAAUUACCAUUAGAAUUUGGUGAAGAUUUAACAUUUUGGACUCGUGUUCAAUCCAUCGUUUUAGAAACAUUUAGAUCCUAUGUGGUAUUUUAUGAAUUUGAUUCUAAAAUGUAUUGUAGAAUAUCAGCACAGAUUUAUAACGAUUUGAAUGAUUACGAGAGAAUUGGUAGAGCUAUUUAUCAAGUAGCAAAGGAAUUGAAAGAGAGUGAUGGUGGUCAAGUUAAUAGUGGUGGUCAAGAAUAG